GAUGUCCGCAUAAUCCCAAUUGGCCAAUGCCAUGGCAGUCGAUGCUCUAUUUUAUUGGCUCUCGAUGGACCGACCAUAUCUUCGGAUGCCAAAUCUCAUCAAUUCAUGCUGCCGAAGGGAGAGAAGAUGCUUCCCGAUAACAUGGCCUCCCUUCCGAUUCGUGGAUUCGCUUGUGGACGGUGUGAGGACGAGAUACCGUACUGUAGCCCGCCAGUUGAUGAGCUUGAG